UUAUAAAACGUUUAUGAAUUUUUAAUCACUAAAUGCACAAUAUGUGUUAAUGAAAAAUAAUGUUUCAAUGAUAAAACAAAAAUAAUUUGGAUAUAAAAUAAUGAAAGCGGGGUUUGGCAAAAGGAGGGAUUGUUGAGAAUUGCAGGAGAAGAAUUAUAUAGAAUGCAAACAUCUGGUGAAACUGGUCAGACGUGAGUAAGAAAGGAGGAAGUGUAUUUACUUUUUAGAGUUGAGUUUGAAAGAGGUAAGUAGCGAAUAGGGAUAUAUGAUAAAAUAAUGGAUAAUAUACAUGUGUGCAUGUUAUAUACAAAUAAUGGAUAAAUCAUGUGUUGAUAUUGUGUGAAUACGUGCAUCUAUCAAUUAAGGUAAAUGUGGGAUAAACAUUUAAAACAAGGACAAAUAUAUAUUGAAGAAAGUGACUUCCGUGUCCAUGUGAAAGCCAUGCAAUUUCCUUGUUGCGUAAUGGAACUUACUGAAUUUAGUAAAAUUCUUUGUAUAUUAUCUUUGUUUUUAUUUUAAUUACUAACAAAUAAUUAGUUCAUUAUAAUUCUUUUCUGGAACUACUCCAGAACUGAUCUAAUACUGCUUAAAAUUACUGCAACAAUGGUCUCGAUUUAAAUCAAUAAUGAUAUUGUCAUUAAUCAAUAGUUAAUCUAUCGCAAAUUGGCAAAACUCUUUGAUGAACGAAUUGUUAGUUAAUAAUUUAUCUAUUUAUUUUUGUACAAAUAGUAAAAAAAAUAAUAAUGUAUGUAUAUAAACAUGUGGACAUUUGAACGACGUCGUAACGCCGGUAAAUGCUUACUGGGCGCGCAUAUUUGUUAAACAUUCUAUAGAUAUAUACGUAUUCACUUGAUAUCACAGUCAGUACAAUAUGAACCAUGUUCGUGAUCAUUUGAUCGAUGUGUAAUGUUUCUGAUUCGAACAAAACCAAAGUGAAUAUGUUCUACAGUUAAUUGUUGAGUAUUAUAAAAAAUAUAUCAUGAUGAUGGGUGACUGAAAAAUACUGAAAAUAAUUAUGGGAUCUUUUGUUAAUUUAUGUUUAAACGGUUUCUUCAUAAGCAGUUAGAAUUCGAUCAACAUGGGAACGUCUAAUGCACUGGUAGCAAAUGAACAGAAUCAUCAAAAUGAAGAAGUCAACUCUGGAGGGACUUCAGUGGAAGCUUUCUUUGCAGCGUCAGUCAUUCUUGUGACUGGAGCAACUGGUUUUCUUGGAAAAGCACUGGUUGAGAAACUUUUAAGAUCAUGUCCUCGGAUUUCGAUUAUCUACAUAUUAAUCCGUCCGCGAAAAAAUUUGACAUUAGAAGAACGAUACAAAUCUUUACUAAAAAAUUCAGUGUUCGACAGAAUUCGAUGGGAAUGUCCGGAAGUACUUAGUAAAAUAGUACCAAUGAUGGGGGAUAUUAGUCAACCGAAUCUUGGAUUGAGUGACCAUGAUCGUUUGUUAUUGAUACAAAAUGUCAAUAUAGUAUUCCAUAGUGCAGCUACUGUACGAUUCGAAGAACCACUCAAAGUUGCAAUUACUCUAAACACACGUGGUACACAAAGGAUUGUCGAACUAUGCUCCGAAAUGAUGAAUCUUGUUAGUUUCGUACAUGUCAGUACAGCAUAUAGUAAUGCUGACUUGAAAGAAAUUGGCGAGAUCAUUUAUGACACUAAAAUAACACCAGAGAUCGCCAUGGAUAUGGCUGACAAUCUUGACGAUGAGUUGUUGAAUUCCUUAGAAGCUAAACUUAGAGGAGAUCAUCCAAAUACCUAUACCCUCACAAAAGGUCUAGCGGAGAUGUUGAUAUUCAAGAAGAAGCUCGGUUUUCCUGUGGCAAUUGUUCGACCCAGUAUUAUUGGAGCAGCUUGUCAAGAACCUUUUCCCGGCUGGAUAGAUAACAUUACUGGUAUCACAGGAAUGAUCAUGGAGUCAAGUCGAGGGAGAAUCAGAAGUGCCUUAGCCGAUAAUAAAUCCAUUAUUGACAUGAUACCCGUGGAUUAUGCUGUUGAUACGAUUAUUUGUGCCGCUUGGCGUAAUAUGAUGCACCGUAACGAUUCACUUCAGAUUUAUAACUGUGUCAGUAGUACAUCUAACCCCUUGACAUGGGGUCGAUUUCGACAAUUGGUCAUCAAACACUCCAUUGAAUGUCCAUCAAAAUACGCUGUUUGGUAUCCAGGAUUAACAUUUACCACCAAUACAUUCAUGCACAAACUAACAGUAGUUUUUUUACAUUACGUUCCUGCAUACAUAGUUGAUAUGAUUUUAAAAUUUCGAGGUAGUAAAGCUGUAAUGAUAAAGAUAACUAAAAAGUUUGAUCGAGUAGCGGAAUCAGCAAAAUUCUUUUGCAUGCGUGAGUGGAAAUACAGCAGUAAUAAUGUUCAGCAACUGAUGAAGAUGUUGAAGAAUGCUGUCGAUAAAAAAAAUUUCAAUCUUGACGUUAAUAAAAUUGAGUGGGAUUAUUAUAUACACAAAUAUAUUCUUGGUAUAAGACAAUAUGUAUUGAAAGAUGAUCCAGACUCAUUGUCAACAGCAAGAAACCGAAUUUUGAAAUUCUACUGGAUUCAUAAAAUCAUCCAAAUUCUUAUGAUGUUUACGUUAUAUAAAAUAAUAAUUCGUUAAUUUAAUCAAUCAAUUACUUGCCAUAUCAAUAAGUAUUGUUACAUUAUUAAAAAAGGUCAUCUGUAAAUAUUUCAAAAAAUUACGUAGU